AUGAAAUCAUCCGAUUCUAUGUCACCUUUUUCAUACCAACAACUGCUUGGACCUCAAAAUGGUGCAUCUCGAAAUGAUGCAACGAUGAACUUCAAUGAUAACUCGUCAAUGCUCGGCCAGUUUUCGCCACCGACUACUCCAGAUUCCGCCCUUCAGCUACGCCGAGAAGCCAACAACGCUCGGGAACGAAUUCGAGUCAAGAAGCACCGCGAAUGUUUCAUGGAUCUCAAGGAUGUCAUCGGCCGACAUGUGAGCUUGGGCAAAGAUGUCAGUCGAUUGGCUUUGCUUCGUUCUGCAACGGAGUUGAUAAAGAAACUCGAACGAGAUAUCAUCUCAAUGUCCCAAGCCCAAAAUGAUUCUUCGCGACAAGGAUCAAUGUCGGAUCCUCCUAGCCCAGUGUCAACUGGAGCCAUGGGAAUGGCUACAUCUCCGGGAGCACCUCUUCGCUCUGCAAUGCCUGAUUUUCAAGCUGUUGGUCUUCCCCACCCAUUUGCUCCUGCACUCAACAACGCUAAUCCGACGCAGCUCUUCAACCCAACUCUUCCAAACAUCCCACAAGUUUCCGCAGCCCAUGCAAUGCAGUAUCAACACCUUCCUACUCUCAAUGAUCUCCAGCAAAACAUGGUCAACCAUCCAUUCGAAUACAUCAUGUGA